UCCAUGUGUUAAAAGGGCAGAUGGUAACCGCGGGUAACUGAGGAGCAAACCACUCUGCUGGCCACAGAGCAAGAGAUCAGCGGAGAGAGGGAGAUAGAGGGAGGGAGGAGAGUGAACACAUGCAGCGCAGCAGAGGAGAGGAGCAUCUGAGAGGAAGCUGCACGCUUGCUCUGACAGAAAGAGAAAGAGAGGGAGGAGAAGACUGAGUACUUCUUCUCCACACUAACAAGGAGGCAGAGAGCAAAAAGAGGGGCAAAGACAGAGACAGAGGAGAUGCUGAGAUAGUAACAGGAGGGGGAAAAAGUAUCCCUCCCAGCCACUUACAGAGAUACAGAGACAAAGAGGGAGGGAAAACAAAAGGGGCUAGAGAGAUUGUGGAGUGAGGAGAACGGACGGGAGAUAGUUAAAGGAACUGCAAGACUGAUCAAUAAGCGGCUGAGAUUUCGGGAAGAAAUUUAGACUCAGCGAGAAAAAGAGAGAGAGAGAGCGAGCGAGAGAGGGAGUCAAUGACAGGGAAAGAUUGAUUAAUGAAAGAUUUGAGCAAAACAUCUGGAGAGAAGGAGACUUAAAGAGAAAUAUUUAAGAGGAGACAGGGGCAUCUAGCGGAAGGCAAAUUUAGAAAAGAAAGGGAGAAGAAUUAAAAAAACAUUUAGAGAAGGACAGGAGGAUAAGAGUGGAAAGAAAGGGGAGCAGAGGGUGAAAUAUUUAAGAAGAGACAGAAGCUGAGGGGAAAUGAGCAGGAGAACGCAGAGUUAAAGAGUCACUGGCAAAAACUUAGAGAAGAGAGAGAAUAAAUCAGAGCAGCAGAGGGAAGGGAAACUGCGCUCAUCCUUUCUUUUUUUUAUUUCCUCUGUCCCUCCUCUUCUUGAUAAAACCUAGGAGGGGAGAUGAAGUGAGGAGAGAGUUGAGUAGUACAACAUCAGAAGAAGGAGAAGAAGGAGUUUUCAAGGGUUUUUUGGCAAAGUCCAGAUAGAUCAAGAGAGUUAUAGAUAGAUAUUUAACUGCAUGAAAGAGAAGUAUAUCCAAUGGCGUGCUACUACAUUGUGAUCAGUUCCACCCACCUGCGUGACGGACAGCUGAGGAGCAUCAAGGGGGUGUUCAGAGGACCAAUAGGAACCAAUGGCCAAAGAAACACGGAGGAGGGGGACUCGAGGUUUUACUGUGAGCUCUGCGAUAAGCAGUAUCUGAGACACCAACAGUUUGACAACCACAUCAACUCCUACGACCAUCACCACAGGCAGCGACUGAAGGAGCUGAAACAGAGGGAGUUUUACAGAGCACUGGCCUGCAGGAGGCAGAGGAGGCGCAGGGAGGAGAAGAGAGAGGAGAGAGUGCUGAGGAGACUCAAUCAGCAUGAAGACAGGAGGACGGGAGAGUGUGCUCCCGGUUCUGGUCCCAUGUUCCGGUCCACCACCGUGGCUGUCGACUCAGCCGAACAGUCCAGACCAGAGAUUGUGCAGAACGGCAGCAAUAUCCAUCCAAGCAACACCACACUGGGAACAAAGUCUCAGAUCCCCCGGAUACAGCCCUUCCUUCCUCUGGAAACCGCACUCCUGAGCAAAACACAGUGGACCUAUGAGCAAACAGACGCCAACAGCACCACAACUACUGCUGCUUCUGACUCCUGCGUGCUUGACAAGACCCAUCUGGAUUACAGUCAACUGCCAACCAUUACACCCAGCAUCAGCACCACCCUGACAAACAGUGAUACCAACAGCUCUACAGAAAACAGCCACUUUAACAAGAUCCCUUGGGCUCAUGAUUAUUUAAGCCAUCCCAUUACUCCCAAUAACAUCCCAACAACAGCCUCUGGCGCCACCCAUAAUGGCUCCAUUUUCAACAAAACCACAGUGACCAGCAUCAGCAAGAACUCCACCACCCCCUCCAUUACUAAUACCACCAAUGUCAGCAUCAACAGCAGCAGGGAAGUAUGCAGAGCCUCUGACGUCCAGUCUAUCCUGAGCAGAGUCCGCCCUGUCUCUUUCUCGCUCCCCAAAAGGAGCUGUGUCCUCUUACACCAAUCAGCUGCCGUAUUUAUCCAAGCAGGGCAGGGCUCUGGCUUGUCAGGGAAGCAAGAAGGUGCGGCAGUGCAUGACAGGAAAACAAAUCUGGGGGAGAAAGUCACCGAUCAGCAGCUCAAAUCAUCCGCAGACAUGGUUGCUGUUGGUGUAAAUCACUGGAAUACUGGAAACCAGUGCAGUGAGGAGAGUAAAACUGAAACUCGACCCGUUGAGGCUGGAGCCAUUAUGUCUACUGAGAAAAGAACUGUGGGACUCUCUGGGACUGGAGCCCAGGUUUCUUUAUGUAAUCGCCAUGUGAUCAGAGUAGAGGACUCAAUUAUCAAUGGGAAUGGAGCCCAGCUCUCCUUAUGUAAGGACGAUGGGACUGGAGCCCAAGUCAGCAGUGAAAGUGGGACUAGAGCUCAUUUUUAUUUAAACAGUGGCAUUUCAGGACAUAUUUCUGAAAGUGUAAGCACAGAUUCAGAAUGCGGAAGCAGCAAAGUUGAAAUCCAUGAUGCUGUGGAAAAUCAGACAGAUUUAACCCAACCCCAAGAAGUAAAAGAUCUGGCUUGUCCUACAACAAAUGAGCCUAAAAAAUCAAUUUCAUGUGUUGAAACCACGUCAGCUCAAGCACAGCCCAAGCAAACUCCUCUCCCCAAUCCCCAAUCUCCCCAGUCAAACUCCGCUCCAUCAAAAGAGUCGGCUUCUUUGCCUCCAAGUCGUCCCAAAGAGCCGUUUUGUCGUGUCCUGAGCCGAGAUGGUAGCAGGGUUCUUCUGUGGCCAACGGAGAUGGUCAGCUACACCAAAACUUCGCCCUCCAUUUCCUACAGUGUCAAUCCUCUACUUUAUGACUUCAGAGCGCAUAACAGGGCCAAGGAAGGGGGUGAAAAAAAGAAAGGAGGGCUGGAGGAAGGGGGUGAGAGAAUAAAGCCAUCUGUGAUCAAACAACCUGACUGCCAACAGAGGCAGAAGGAUAUGAAGGGAGGAAAGGAGGUGAAGAUAGAUGAAAGGGAAGAAGAGGAUGAAGGAGGACAGGCAGGAAAUCCUAUGGAACUUGUAGCCCAUUGUAGCGGUAGCGACGCAGUUCCGGAUCGCUCCAGCUGCCAUGAUGAAAGCGCUUUAAAAUUUGUUCCCAUUUCUGCAGAAGGCCACCAUGCUCCGACGCUAGGCCUUCAAAAAUCAGGGAGGAGGAGGAGGAAGAGGAGGGGUGGGGUAAGGAGAGGAAUGAGAAAAAGGGGGAGAAAGAAAAGAGGAGAGGAAACAGACAGAAAAGAGUCAGAAAGGGGAAAAAGGAUAAUAAGCAGUCUUUGUGUGAAUCAGAUGUUUGAAGGAAAAGGAGAAGACAGGCUGCAAAGAGAGGGCACCGUAAAAGAGGAGAAGAGAGAAAAAGAGCUAUUAAGUAAUCUUGCAGCACAUCGGCUGGUGGGAGGGAUAAAAAAGAGGAUGAGGGGAGAAGAGAGAAGGAUAAGACGAGAUCAGACAGAGCAAGAGAGGGCAGGUAGAAAUGACGAGAAGAGAGUGGAGCUAUUAAGUAAUCUUCCUGUGAAUCGGUGUAAUCGGUGUAACCAGCUGUGUCUGCAGGUGAAAAGGGAGGCCAGCCAGCAUCAAUCUCAGCAAUCAGCCUCCGGGUGGGGCCAGGGGCUCAGAAAGCUCCUCUGCAGGGAUGCAGCAUGUAACUCAGUGAUUAGCCUCGUCCCAGGGUCUGUUAUAGAGAUGCCAUGCUGUCCUGCAAUUACACCCGACCCUGCUCAGAAUGACAGAGAGAUGGGGGUGAUACACAAAAAUACACAAGCAGGGAAGGAGGACAGACAGGGAGAUGAGGAGCAAAGGAAUCUGAGUAAGGGAGAGAUAAGCGCUGCUCCGAAAGCUGAAGAAAACGCAUGUAACCCAGCGAUUAGCUGUCUUCCUUUUUCCUGUUGUGACACUGCAAGCCAGGCAGAAAUUUGUCUUGUUCCUAAACCUCACAGAGAAACAGCAUGCAAACCAACGAUUAGCCUUGUCCCUGCUCCUUUUAGAGAAACAGCGUGCAGUCAAAGACAAACAAUACCUGCAGGACACAGCAAUCUUGUGUCAAGCCCGACCACAUGCUGCUCUGCCCAACAGACAGAAACAGAGCCCAGACUGAGGCCGGCCUGUGUAGACAUGACCCUCCCUGCCGAUGCGCUUUCAGAGGAAGGGAUGUCGAAGAGAGCAGCAACAGCCAGCAAGAGGAAGAGCGGAUCGCCGGAGGCUGGGGCAACGCCGAGGAAGAAACGGAAAAGGGGAAGGAGACAGGCGAGGAGAGUCGCUAGUGUUUUAAGGCAAGACGGAGCUUGCACUGAUAUGACUUCGGAUUUAAACGAGGGCGAGGCCUGUUGCAUUCAGGAUGGUAACGAGGCGCUUGAACUCAAUAGCAAGGACACCUGCAACACUUCAGAGGACAAAACUGUUGACUGCCAUUUGCUCUGCAGGACAAAACACUCUCUGUGUUCAAAUACCAGGGAGGGUAACACUGCUGACAAACUCGAUAACUACUGCAGCUCUGAUGACAGCAAAUUCAGCAAUGCAGACGCUAAUGACUACAGCCAGUUUAACGUCGGUCCCUCUGGAGGCGAGGAAAAGGUGAAGUGUUCACCGGAGAAACCUUUUAGUGACUGUCAUACCAAUAACAAACCCAAUGACCACAGUCAGGAUGAUGGAAAGGGCACCAUGCAAAAUAAGCGUGACAGUUCUGCCAUCUCUAGUGCUACUUUUGAGAAAGACAAAAGUCUUUGUCAUGGUCACGUGGCUAAAAAAGCCAGUGAGAAAACUGCAGACACACCUGUGGAUGGCCUUUCUGAAGAUUAUUUUGCCUGUAGCACUAAUAACAGACACACUGACCACUGUCAAUGUAAAAACACAGUGAAUGAAAUAGAGUCUAAUGACUCCAAAGCCAAUGACGCAUUUAGUCAUAACUGCGAUUACAGCCAGAAAAAUAACAAAAGUGACCACAGCGAGGAGGAGAAAGCCAAAUCUCAGUGCCACAUUCGACACAAAAGCAGCCUCUCUGAUUCAGUGAUUGAUUACAAAAGCGGCGUAGGGAUUCAGCAAAGUGUUGGAGGUGGAGCCGAUGAUAUUGACGGUGGUCAGUGUGACGAUUUUAACGGUAAUCAUGUCACUGAUUGUAAUCACUGUGCUAAUGCUGUGAAUGAAGAAGUUGCACCCGUGAGGGAGCAGAUGGAGGAUGAAAGCGGUGUGGAGAAGGAGAGAAAGAAGGAGGAGGAGAAACAGAUGGAGAGGAAAAAGUUGAAGGAGAGGCACGAAGAGUGGGAGAAGGAAUGGGUGAGGAGGAAGGAGAAGGAAAGGGAGGAAAGAAGUAAGGAGAGGGAGAUAGAUUUUGAACCUCUCUUCCCAGAGAAGAUGCCCCGCUUUCCUCAUCGCCUCCCUCCAUCAUGCAUCCACCUCCAUCCUCCUCUCCUGCUCCAGCCAUCCUUUUCAUCAUCCUCCUCUUCCUCUAUCUCCUUCCAUCACACCAUCAUCCAACAUCACCUUUCCCUCCUCCCACCCGCACCACACCUCCCCUGUUCCUUCCUACCCUCAUCUUAUUCCCUCUUUCUCCCCACAUUUAUCUCCCAUCCCUCCACCACCACCUCCACCACCACUACCUCCUCCUCCCGCUCUUACUCCCACUUUCUAUGCAUCUUCUCCCAUCCCUCUCCUGGAUGCCCCUGGUCCAUAUCCCUUAGCAGCAGCAUUUCACCCUGUGCAGAGCCACCACCCAUCUCUGUACCCCACUCCACAUCCAGCAGUUUUGCCCUUGCAGUUAUUGUUCUGAAAAAGAGGAACAAAAAGAAAGAAUUGAGAGUGGUACAUGUUCACAUUUGUGAUACAAAAAAUUACUUGUCAGGUGGGUGCAAACAGCUUUGGGUGUCAUCGCUUGCAUACUUUUACUGUAGCUGAAAUGUGAGGAAUUUCAGGAACUCUUGAGUAAAAACACAAAACUGAUCCUUCUUAAAGUCAAAUCCUCUGGAAAACUUCAUCACCGCGUCCAAACACUCAAGCACUGAUUCACACAUCUGAAAAACAAUAAAGAUGGCUAAUUAUCUUCAUCAACUGCAAUCCCACUUGAAAUGAGCCUCAGGUGUGCAGCCAGCGGGAUCGUGGUAGGGAUACACAGCUGGGCUCGUUUCCCUCAGCAGAAAUCAGUCAGAGCUGCUGUUUUGCAUUUUAAGCUGGCGAUUUGCUCAUGAGGCACGUUAGAAAAUGUUGUGACUUUAAAGGAUGAAUUCACCCUCGCAUGCUCAGAUUUCUUCAGUCUGUCAUCGUAGAUGUGCGGGAAUUUUUCUUUAAAUUAAUUUGUAUGUUCCGGGUCGCUGGCCAUCAAGAGCUGAUGGCAUUCAAGAUUUGCACAGGACAACAGGAAGUUGUUUUUCCCAGAAUGGGUUCAAAAGAAACCCAAAGUUCUAAAAACAUUAAACACGCAAUUUUUUGCUACUUUGCUGUUUUGCAUAAUUAGAAAGCUUCAUCGUUUAACAAAUACAAAAGGGUAUUUUCUGGUUAGAUUUCACUAACAAAAUAUGAGUCUGUUGCCACAUUCACUUAGUUUAAACCUACAUGUUUUUAUUCUUAAACUAUACUGGAGUAGCUCUGUGUGAUUCACUGUUCAAAGGACCCUGUUUAGUACUGUAUAAGCAUCCACCAUUUAACAGACAGGAAAAACACAUCCACACCAUAAUGAAACAAACUUGAAAAAUCGUAGAUAUUCUAGACAGAAUCUCAGAUAUUUGUAUAGAACUAAUGGCAGCAAAUCCUCUUUAACUUGGAGCUAAAUAAAGCGCAAAAUUAAAGGAGAACUCCACAAAUUCUACACAUCAAAGACUGUUUACAGGUCUUGUGGAGUUGCCCUUGAGUCAACUGGCUGGGACUAAAGUUUGAAACUGAAUAAAAUCUGGGGGUGUGGAGUUUGGAAAGAACUGAGCUUAGCAGCAGGCACAUGUAGCCCAUUCCUCAUCGCUGCCUAAAGCUGUAGGCUUGGAGCUAAAGGAUCCAAUGCUAGCAUAACAUACCCAAACCUUGAAGUGCACCAUCUGCAGUCACUCGGCACUGUGGGUAAUGUAGGAAUCAGAGUAAGACAAGGAAGAAAAUGUAUGGAAUUAAAAAAGAUGAUAUCUCUUUAGUCUGCUUUAACAGUAAAUUUGCCCAUUGUGGGUCCAGCAGAGUUAAUAUAUGCUAAAAUGGUAGAAUACUACAAGACUGGCAUAGUAAUAGACAGAUAAUAUGUUCAGGGCGUGAAAGCAUAAGUAGGCCGAGAUAAUGUGAACACUAUCUAGUCAGAAUAACAGGAAAUUUUCAGGGUCCAACACGAUGUGAAUGCAGCAUGAGCCAAAAAAAAGGUCUCUUAAGAGACUCUGUGUAACAAAAUUGUCUUUCUUUCUCCUAUCUUUCAAAAUUAUGUUUUCAUUUUACUGUCCAGUACAGCAAUAAAACAGAUGAAUAAUGAUUUUCAGGAAGUGCAAAGAGAAAAAAAACCUUCUUUGAGAGAGGUUUUAAAAGUGCCAAUUUAGGGAGCCAGCACAUGAUGCAGCAAACACAUCUGCAUUUGCUCAAGGAUGAGCAGAUUUCCUGAUGGUAAUUCUAAGCUGAUUUGUUAUUACCUAGAAUUGACUUGUUGUUACCUAAUGUCACCAAGGACUGCCACUGGCCUGUGGGUCGCCCUUUGAAAACCUUGGCUCAAUGAGAUUUUAAAGCAGCAGAGAAAGAUGUUGGUUUCCCUGUAUUUAGAGAUGAGUGUUAGGGAUAACUGCAGGUCGCAGAGCAGUCUGUAUGUACACCAAUCAAAGCUUAACAACAGGUAUCUCGGAACCAAGCAUCAGACAAGUUUGACCCAGUCGUGUGGGAAAGAAACACAAGAAACACUUAAGAGCAACCUUGCAGAUGAAUUUGUCUAGAGUUUACAUUGACAUCUGAAAUUACAGAAAAGCCAUGUCCUAAAUCCUACAUAGCAAUAAAGUGAUUAAAUUUAUUUAUUUGUUUAUAAGUAAAUUUAUAAAUGUAUCAAAAAUAUAGUCUUUGUUUUACGUUGUAUUACCCUAUAACUUACAGUACUAAAUUUUAAAAAAGGGGGAGGUGUGAAUAGCUGGAAAAUCAGUGGAUAACACGAACACAACUUACAGUAAAAUGUAAAAUGUUAAUGAUUAUUUUCUAUUUUCUGAAUCAAUAUAGGACUGCUAAUGCUGCCAUUACAGCAAAAGCCAUUGAUUGUAAAUAAUAGAUGAACAAACCCACAAUGAUUUCACAUAAUGCUUUGUAAAAUCUUAAAACCUUGACUGAAGCGUUUUUGGCCAUUGCCAAGACUUCAUACUAAGAAAUACAUGCUCACAUGGCAGCACUUUGUAUAUCUAUUAUAAGGUAGCAACUGUGCGCUCCCUCAGCUACAUUAAAUCCUACAAUUUUGUAACUGAAAGCAUGAUCUCACUCAAAAAUCGCAAAACAAAUGGAAAUGUGUUGAGCACAUUCUGCGCUCUCUCUGUGACCCCGACUGUAAUUCUGUGCAGCGAGUUCAUUAAUCCACUUCUGCACGUAGGAAAAAUUACUUUCCUGUUUUCCACAACACGCCAUCAAAGACAGAUAUUUCUGCACUUUGCAACUAUAGCUCCAUUUCUCUGUGUCCUAUGCAUGCAUGGUUGUAAAAUACCCCUUGUCACACUUUAUUAUUUAUAUUCUGGCACUGGCUAAAUCAGGAGUGGGCUAUGCAUUUUCCCAUGGGACCACACGAGACACAGUGGAAAGCUGCACCAAUAAGUUGAACUCAAUUCUUUUCAAUAUUCAUUUAAGUCUUUACAAGCCUAUUGGUGCACCCCUCCAGCAGACCCAACGUCUCUUGUGGCCCCUUGGAAAGUUAAAUUGCCCACCUCUGGCCUUAAAACAUACCCUGGUUUAUGAACUGUUUGACUCUAAAUGCAACCAUAAGUUACUAAACGAACGACAUGUUGUAUUCAGUAAGGCUUGAAACUAGCUAUUGAGAUAAUAAAAUAAUCAGAGGUCAUAAAUCAGGUGAGGAUUAGGGUUGUUUUACCAUAUACUACCUGCUUUAAGAAAAUCCAACGUUUCCCCUUUUAGACCACGAAACCACGUCCAUCUUUUAUAUACUAUCGUCUAUGGUAUAACAUAAAUUGUGAGUCUGUACUGCAGUGUGUCUUUAGGCUGUGACGGCUGAACGUCAGAACAAAAUGUUAAGUUCAGAAAUAAGCCUUUGCUCUUUGUUUCUGAUGAACUGGCUCCAGCGUCUGACCUUUACGCUUGACGUUUUAGACUGUUGAUUUUCUCCCGUCUCACUCCACUGCAGCUGAACUACAAACAUCCCGAAGAGGUGGUUAACUUUGCAUUUAGUGACUCACCCAUUUAGGCCUAAACGCACACAAUGAGUGAUUUAGCACGCCGCAGGACACAGUUGACUCCAACAGGGGUUUUCCCCAUGAGACAGAGCCGCGAUGAAACGUAGAAAGAUGUGAGGAUUUGACUGACAGGUAAUGAAAAAAUAACCAUUUUUUUAAAUUAACACUCUCACCCCUCUGUUGUCACUCACUGGUUGCUUGUUGCACUUUGACAGGUGAUUUUCCACUCUGUGGUGUGUGACAAAAUAACCCAAGCGCAGUCACAUCAUUUCACUCAAACGCAGGAUGUUCAAAGUGUUCUUUCUUUUUCUAUCUGAACAACGCCUCAGGGUGGAUUUUUCCUUUAAAGCAGAGGGAUACGACACAGUACAUACGGAAAAGGCGUAGCUCUACCCUUAUUCUUUGUUUAAAUCUGUCGCAUUUAAAUGAUCUCGGCUGAAGUGCAGGAGAAAUUUGUCUCAGAUAACAAAAUGCGCCGCUUCUUCGUAAAUCCGGAGAGCCGCUCCCGACUGCAUGACACUCAGACUUUCAGAGGCGUGAAUGGCAGGAGUAACGAGGAAGGAAGAGCGGAGAAACGCCCACACCUACUUACACAUUGUUUUUCUCUCGCUCCUCUGAAGCUGAACAUCUGGCUGCGAUUGCUGUGGGGCAUCACUGGCAGCACCUAUUCAUCUCAGCGAAUAUGGAUUAUUCUGGUGCAGGCGUCUAUGACAAAAUAAAAACAAAUAAAAAUAUGCAUGGGCAGAUUGGCAUCCUUAUUCUCACUAAAAUCUUAAGGCAUGCUCUGUAAAAUAUAUUGGUCUUAUUGAUCCCAGAAACUUGAACGCACGCAGACACACACAUACACACACACACCUACACACACACGCGCGCGCACACACACAGCUUAAUAGGAACAGUCUUUGCCUGCCUUGCCUGCUCUGCUGUUUUUCCCAGAGCUCAUCAUUAAGUAAAUGCUGCCUCCUCACCUUUGGUAGGUUAGACAUGUCUCUGCAGUGACACUAUAGGUGCCUGCGGUGACAUACAUGCAGCUUACGAACAGUAGCAAACCUCAAAACUUAUUCCUCUUCUUGCAGCAGUGUGUGCAAGAAAACAUGAGAAUUAUAGCUAGUGUGAUGACACAGCAAGGUGUCCUCUCCUUGUAGCCGUGCACCACACGGGGUAUGAAACCAUAUGUUCGCUAUGAACAUAGGUUUUCUGUAUUAUUGUGAUAAACUGUGUACAUUAGAAAAGAAGAAAAAAAAGCUGUUAUUUUUGUAGAGAACCCUCAGUUGAAUGAGGCACAGUUUUUGUAUCAUGUACUCUGAUGCUAUUUUAGCUAGUAAACAAACCCCCACGCCCACCUACUAUGUCCUCUUGUUGAGCUGUUGUGCACACUGUAUGUUCUUUUAAAGGUCCGGUCAUCAAUUAAUGGGUUCGAAAGGCAUUAUUUCAGUUUCUUCAGAAAGCAUUUUAUCCUGUUUUGUCUUGAGAUCUGAUAAACUAAUAUUUAGCUGAUUUGUUUGUGUAAUCUCAUUUCUGCAAACUCAUAUUCAAUGAUAUUACCCUGCUAAUAUAAUAGAUCUAGUAAAUCCAUUGAGAAAAACGAAUUACUCUGAAAAUGGAAAUAAAUCAGUGGACUUGA